AUGUACUCAUUUAUACUUAUUUGUUCGCUUUACUGCUUGCAACCGACAGUGACCGGGAAUUGGUGGUGCGGUUCUACGGAUUACGGCACGAGCGAUACUCCUGGCGAUGACGACAGCGAUGGCUGUAACGUGGAUGUUGGUACGGUGGCCAGCUCUGCUGUUGCUAUUGCCGCUGAUGACGAUGACGGCACUGAUUUUGAGCAUGGGCCCUGGCUGUCGACAGCAGCGGUAGCUGCAUGCUCGGAGGAAAUGUCAGUUAGUUUCUAG